AUUUCAGCAGUUUUGAAUCUAUAUGUAGAUUAGACACCAACCUGGCAACAUGGAUGAAUUGGCAGCAUUUGAUAAAUGGCUGACAAAAACUGAAGAUAAAUUAGAUGGAGGAAAGAUUCAACGUCCUGGCAGUAUAGUUGACGCUUGCCAGGCACUCAGUAAGGCCCGGGAUCUUAGAGCCGAAUUCGAAAAGAGAGAGAAACCCCUGUCUACUGCCAAAGAACUUAUUGGAGAAGAUCCGGAGCUUAACGUGCUAACCACAAAAUGUGAGAGAAUAAAGAAACUGGCUGAUAAUUACCUAUCUAAGGUUGAAGCUCUUUGUGUGCUAUGGGCUAGUGGACAGGUUAACGCUGACCUUCAAGCUAUUGAGAAGGCGCUACAAGCUUCAGGGUCAAAGAUUAAAAUGACUGCAGAUGACCUCAAGGCGUGUGUGUCUGAAAUUCAGGCAGUGCUUGUUGUUUAACUCAGGUAGAGGAGGUUUACUGGAUUUUCACAUUGGAUUUUUACAAUUUCUACUUUGUGUCUUAUUUAUUUAUGUAUUUUAUGUCUUUUAUAUUGUUAAUAAUAAUAUGAA